GGGCUGGGGAAGCGAUAGAUGCUAAGCCCAGGUGAUCUGGCCACGGGGGCCCCCAGGAGCAGAGGGGAGAGUGCUGCGAUGGUUGCAAAGCCCUCCCCGGCACAGCCCCGGGGCGUGUGGCCCCAAUUCCAGCUGGAAAUUGUACAGGAGCCAUGUUUCAAUAACUCCCCCCGGCCUGUACUGAAUGGGGCAGAAAUGGAACCCAGGAGUCCAGGAUGUGAGGGGGCUGUCUGGGUGCUUAAUCUUCUCCCCCACCCUCCUGGUUCUCCGGGCCCCAGUGAUUUCUGUGUUGAUGGUGUUCGCCUCCUGGAAUUGGCAUGUGUAUUGGGGGUAGCGGGGUCGGGGCUGGCUGAAGGUGUGAGCACCCAGGGGGGAUGGUUUGAGAGAAGUGCCUGAGCUGGAAGUGGCAGCCCAACAACUUUGACAUGUGACAUGCCAUCAUUAGGUUUCAGAGUCGAUGCCCCCACUGAGAAGAGUGGAGGCAAUUCAUGCCUUUCAGGGCAAGUCUAUGCUACGAUAUUAAGUUGAUUGAAUCAGUUUUACACGUCCGCACUAGGCUCCUUGUGUCAGUGGUGCGCAUCCUUACCAGGAGCUUAUUAGCUACCAGUAUGGGGCAUUGGGUGUUGGUUUCUGAAAGGCAGCAAGGGUCAAGGUCAGUAAUGCAGUUUUUACACGGACACUGUCUUGACCUAACUACAUUGACUUAAGCGCUACGCCUUUGCUGAAGUGGAGUUAUUAAGUCGGUGCAGUAGGCAAGUUACAUAGGUGGGAGCUACAUUUUAGUGUAGAUGCUUACAAAGCCAGUUUGAUGUAAGCUGCCUUACAUCAGCCUACCCGUGUCGUGUGGACCAGGCCUCAGAGUGAUCAGUUCAGGCUCUCUGCAGACUCAGGCAGAUGUUGGGUCAUGUUCUCCAGAUUUUCUGUGCACCUAUGACAGCUAGAAAUAUGUUUUUUCCCUUGGUUAAAACUGAAGUUCUGCUGCUAAUUGUACAUUCUGGGCACUUAGUACAUGUCUCUUCCUAUCUCUGGUUUCAUCUUGUUCAGUGCCUUGCCUUUCACAGUUCAGAAGUGAUUAAAUGAAAACCUUUAGCAUGGAAAACUCAUUGAGACCAACAGCUGCUUUCUAGGGCACGAUAAUGCCCCGGGGCAGGUGUGGAGCAUUCUGUGGCAUGUGGAAGUGGAAUCAGCUGGGAAUAAAGCAUCUUCUUGUGGUUGUAAAUUGUGCCAACGCCAACUAUUGGGCUGGGGGGUGUUGAGUGAUGGUACCAUGAUUAGGUCCCCUCUUAAUUAAGCUCUUGGCUAAGGGGCCCUCUGGAAGUGGGGUGCUAACAGUGGAUGGCACCAGAAUGAGAAGGGGAAACCUAACAGUGUGUUUGAAUUCAGCAGCUCGCUCCACAUGACUGGGAUCAUGCCUGGCCCUUCACCAGGGUUCCCUGACCCAGCCAGGAUCUCCCAGCUGGAGCGAGGGGAAGAGCCCAGGGUCCCAGAUCUCCAGGGCUCCGAGGAAGGGGAGAUCUUGAGAGGUGCCCGCGCAGCAUGUGCCAGGACGGAGGAGAAUCUGCAGCGGGAAGGGCCUGCAGCAACGGAGUCUUACGGCAGCCCCAAGCAGGGGGAGGGCCGGCCCGACUGGGAGACAGUGUGCGAGAGCCCCCUGCAGGAGAUCCUGGUGCACCAGCGCACCCACAUGGGUGAGAAGCCCUACAAAUGCCCCGAGUGCGGGAAGAGCUUCCACCAGAGCUCCCACCUCAUCCGGCACCAGCGCAUCCACACCGGGGAGCGCCCCUACAAAUGCGGCGAGUGCGGCAAGGCCUUCAACCAGAGCUCGCUGCUGACUCGCCACCAGCGCACCCACACCGGGGAGAGACCCUACAAAUGCCCCGACUGCGGGAAGAGCUUCAGCCGCGGCUCCAACCUCAGCCAGCACCAGCGCAUCCACACCGGGGAGCGCCCCUACAAAUGCACUGAGUGUGGGAAGAGCUUCACGCUCAGCUCCCAACUGAUCCGCCACCAGCGCACGCACACGGGCGAGCGGCCCUACAAAUGCGGCGAGUGCGGCAAGGCCUUCGCCGAGAGCUCCCACCUGCGCCAACACCGCCGCACCCACCGCUGUGAGCCGCCCUACAAGUGCCCUGACUGCGGGCGCGCCUUCGCCCUGAGCCUGGACUUCGUGCAGCACGUGCGUGAGCACACGGAACACCGCCCCUACCGCUGUGGGGCCUGCGGACGUUGCUUCCCCCUCAGCUCGGCCCUCUCGCAGCACCGCAAGAGCCACCACCGUCCCCCGGCCGCCUCCAAGGCCCACCCAUGCGGGGUGUGCGGGAAGGUGUUCGGGAAGAGUUCGCACCUGGUGACCCACCGGCGGGUGCAUACGGGCGAGAAGCCCUUCGCCUGUGCGGAGUGUGGGCGCGGCUUCAGUCAGAGCGCCGACCUGGCGAAGCACCGGCGCACCCACACCGGCGAGCGGCCCUACCGCUGCCCCGAGUGUGGCAAGAGCUUCAGCGUCUCCUCCACCCUGGUCAAGCACCAGCGCAGCCACAAGGGCGAGCGGCCCUACCCCUGCCCCGAGUGUGGCAAGUGCUUCAGCCAGAGCUCCAACCUCAUGCAGCACCAGCGCAGCCACCGCGGGCACCGGCCGUACCACUGCACCGAGUGCGGCAAGGCCUUCGCCCAGAGCUCGGCCCUCCUGCAACACCACCGCACCCACACCGGUGAGAAACCCUUUGCCUGCCUUCAGUGUGGCAAAGCCUUCAGCCUCAGCUCCAACCUGCGGCACACCCUCCUGAUCCGGCACCAGCGGAUCCACACUGGCGAAAAGCCCUACAAGUGCGGGGAGUGCGGGAAGAGCUUCUACCAGAGCUCCAACCUGGCACAGCACUGGCGCACCCACACCGAGGAGAAACCCUACAGCUGCCCUGACUGUGGGCGCGGCUUCCGCCACAAUGCCCACCUAGCACAGCACCGGCGCACCCACACCGGCGAGCGCCCCUUCCCCUGUGCCCAGUGUGGCAAGGCCUUCAGCCAGCGCUCCAACCUGCUGCAGCACCGGCGCACCCAUACCGGUGAGCGCCCCUUUGUCUGCACCCACUGCGGGAAGGGCUUCGGCGACAGCUCCAACCUGCUGCAGCACCUGCGCACCCACACACCGGAGAGACCCUAUCAGUGCCCCGAGUGCGGGCGCAGCUUCCGCCAUGGCAAGCACCUGACCCAGCACCGCUCCCUGCACACGGGCCAGAAAUCCCACUGCUGCCCUGACUGCGGGAAGGGCUUCAACUGGAGCUCCCACCUCGCCCAGCACCGGCGCAUCCACAGCGGGGAGCGGCCCUACCAGUGCCCCCAGUGUGGGAAGGCGUUCACCCAGAAAUCCAACCUGCUGCAGCACCAGGCCCUCCAUCGCCCUGCCCAGGACCUGGCUGAGCAGCUGCAGAUGAGCCCUGUGGCUUAGGGACAGCUGGGGUCAGAGGUCAUGCCAGAGAGGAGGGAGACCCGCCUCUCAACGUGGGAUGCCUGGGGUCUGACAAUGUCUGACACCCAGGACUUCCCCACAGCAUGGACACGCCAACUAGACCCCACUCGGACGUGCUGCCAGGGGAUGGGGGGUGAAUUAAACAGGCUCCCAGAGGGGAGUUAUUUGCUGGAGUGGGGAGCUGGGGACUUUAUUAAUAAAGGGUGUAAAUUAA